AUGUUCUUUGAGGCGCUAAAAUAUGUGUCCGUCACUAUCGGGUCAAUCGGCGCCCUCUACUGUACACUUCUUGGACUUUUGACCACAUCAUGGUUCCAGGCACAUGUUGUUUAUCUGCACGCUAUACAGAUGACUUGGGGCAAAAAUCUCGAUGUUCCCGAGGUCUUCGGCUUUCUUCACAACCAAGUCACUCCCUUCGGUAUAGAGUCUGCCAGUGGUCAGAACUUGUACGCCUGGCACAUCUUGCCUGUAGGAUUAUAUCGAAAACAUGAGCAGAAGCUAUUAGCACAACCAUCGGGAUUCUCAUCCGACAUCACAUCCAACCUUUCCUUCCAGCUGCUACGCGACGACCCCGAAGCUGUACUUGUCAUUCACUUCCAUGGCGCUGGUGGUACCGUCGCAUCUGGAUACCGCUGUCCAAACUACCGAGCAUUAUCAGCUGGCCGACCCGACAAGAUCCAUGUUCUCACCUUCGACUACCGUGGUUUUGGACGAAGCCAAGGUACACCUAGUGAGAGUGGCCUUAUUGUGGAUGCCUUGUCCGUUGUAGAAUGGGCCAUGAGCGUGGCCAGGAUCCCGCCAUCUCGUAUCCUUAUCUACAGUCAAUCUUUGGGAACUGCUGUGAACAUGGCUGUUGCUGAGCAUUUUGCUUUGCAAGAACCACCAGUCGUCUUUGCUGGACAUAUCUUGACUGCACCAUUCGUCGAUGUAAUCACGCUUGUGUCAACAUACAGUGUAGCGGGAACCAUUCCCAUUCUUGGGCCUCUAGCGAAAGUUCCAGUGCUUUUCAACUAUCUACGGAGAUACAUCAACGACAAGUGGUCAACCAAAGACCGAAUUGCCUCGUACGUCAAAGCCAAUGAGGCCAAUGGUGCAAAGUAUCGCAUUACCAUGAUCCACGCCGAAGAUGACUAUGACAUCCCGUGGACGCAUACUCCGCAACUAUUCUGGUAUGCUGUCAACGGAACAAAGCCAAUCGGUAUCAGUUUUGACGCGUUAGAGCUACUAAAAGCAAAGUCUAGAAUUGACCAUGGCCCCGCGGGCAGCGUUGUUGAGUGGAAGACUGAUCAUGGGGUUAUCAGAGAAGAGAUACUGAAGUACGGUCUGCACGAUGUGAUCAUGGGCAACCCCGUAGUGACGCUGGCUGUCAUGCGAUUGUUGGGCCCAUGA